AUGGCCAUCUCGAUCGACCAGCUCGUCCUCAAAGGCGACAUCGUCCAGCCUCCCGCAGUCCAAGCACGCAUCCGCGAUUACCUCACCAAAAUUUUUAACAAUUUCCAGCCCUUCGCUAGCGAAAUCGCCCUGAAGCUUUUAACUAAAGAACUUGAGCUCUACACUCGCGACGGCGACGGAAAACCGCACGCGAAGCUCACUUUCGAGAUCGUCGUCGACCCAAGCAUGAUUAACGGUCAUGGAGCGAUGCAUGGCGGCUGCGCAGUCUUUCUCAUCGAUACGUGCUCUUCCUCCGCGUUAGCCAUUCUUGCCAUGCAUCUCGAAAAGCCGUGGAACCACGUCUCGCAGACACUCAACACGACCUUCCACGCUCCAAUGCCAGUGGGUGCCACGCUGCAUAUUAUCAACGUUACGCAGUCGCUAGGUUCGCGAACAGUGUCGGUUCUUACUGAAAUUUGGGAUGUGACGAAUCACAGGCUGUGCGUCAGUGCCGUGCAUAAUAAGAUGGCGCCAUCAUCCGUGUCGAGGUUGUGA